AUGGGGAGUUGCGUAUCAACACAAGCCGGCAAAAAUGGCGUACGAAAGAGAUCAAAAGAUCAUCAUCACCACAACAACAACAACAAACACAACAAAACCGCACACGAUCAAGAGCACGAGGCUCCAACGCCGACCGCGCGUAGAUCAAGCGUGACAUCGCGUCCGCUAAACGUCGUGACAAAUCCAAGUCCGGGAAGCAUAUUCGAUAAGUACGAGUUGGGAAAAGAGCUUGGGAGAGGAGAAUUCGGCGUGACCGUGCAUUGCAUGGACCUGCAAACGGGCGAGGCGUUUGCGUGUAAGAAGAUAUCCAAGACGAAGCUGAGAACGGAGAUUGAUAUUCAGGAUGUGAGGAGGGAGGUUCAAAUUAUGAAGCAUUUGCCUCAACAUCCGAAUAUUGUUGCGUUUCGGGAAGCUUAUGAGGAUAAGGAUGCUGUUUAUCUAGUUAUGGAAUUGUGCGAAGGUGGUGAACUUUUCGAUAGGAUUGUUGCUAAAGGUCAUUAUACGGAAAGAGCGGCUGCCAAUGUCGCGAAAACCAUUCUUGAAGUUUGCAAGGUGUGUCAUGAACAUGGUGUUAUACAUAGGGACUUGAAGCCUGAAAAUUUCUUAUUUUCAGAUGCAAGUGAGACAGCAUCACUUAAGGCAAUCGAUUUUGGAUUAUCGACUUUUUAUGUAACUGGCGAUAGAUUCAAUGAAAUUGUUGGAAGUCCUUAUUACAUGGCUCCGGAAGUUUUGAGACGAAACUAUGGACAAGAGAUUGAUAUAUGGAGCACCGGCGUUAUUCUUUAUAUUUUGCUUUGUGGUGUUCCACCCUUUUGGGCAGAAACUGAAGAAGCCAUAGCGCAGGCGAUAAUCCGGGGUAAUGUAGAUUUCACAAGAGAUCCUUGGCCUAAAGUUUCUGAAGAAGCAAAAUACCUUGUUAAGCGUAUGCUUGAUCCAAAUCCAUACACUAGAAUCACAGUUCAAGAAGUUCUUGAUCAUACCUGGAUACAACAUAGAGAGCAUGGUAGAAAUGUUUCUCUUGGAGACCAUGUGAGAAUGAGGAUCAAGCAAUUCUCCUUGAUGAAUAGAUUCAAGAAGAAAGUCCUUAGAGUGGUGGCUGAUAAUUUGCCAGAUGAACAAAUUGAUGGGCUUAGAAAGCUGUUUGAUAUGAUGGAUAAGGACAAUGAUGGACUCUUAACAUUUGAAGAGUUGAAAGAUGGCUUUUCAAUGAUUGGACAAGUUAUUCCUGAUCCUGAUAUUCAGAUGUUAAUUGAUGCUGCAGAUUCUGAUGGAAACGGCAACUUGAACUGCGAAGAGUUCAUCACAAUGAGUGUUCAUUUGAGAAGGAUAGGAAAUGAUGAGCAUCUCUCUGAAGCAUUCAAUUUCUUUGACAAGAAUAAGAGCGGAUAUGUUGAGUUUGACGAGUUAAAGGAUGCCUUAUCAGAUGAUGGUUCGACCGACGACCAGGUGGUUAGAGACAUUCUAAACGAUGUUGAUUUAGAUAAGGAUGGUCGAAUAAGUUUUGAGGAGUUUAAAGCAAUGAUGACGACAGGAGGAGAUUGGAAAAUGGCUUCUCGACAGUAUUCAAGAGCAAUGCUAAAUGCAUUAAGCUUCAGAAUGUUUAAAGACAAAUCUGCGGGAGUUGUAACUAACUAA